UACUGAACUGCUGGAGAUGAUGGAGGAGCAGCAGAAAGCAGCAGAGAAACAGGAGCAAGAGCUGAUUGAAGAGCUGGAGCAGGAGAUCACUGAGCUAAAGAUGAGAAACACUGAGCUGGAGCAGCUCUCACACACUGAAGAUCACCUCCACCUCCUACAGAUUCACUCAUCCCUGUGCAGCCCUAGAAACAGCAGGAACUGGCCUGAGAUCAGUAUGAAGACUCAUGAGAGUCUGGAGACUCUGAGGAGAGCUCUGACUCAACUGAAGGACACUAUAGAUGAGAAACUCACACUAACUGUCUCUACAGAGCUGAAGGUGAUGCAGCAGUAUGCAGUGGAUGUGACUCUGGAUCCUGAUACAGCUCAUCCUGAUCUCAUUCUGUCUGAUGAUGGAAAACAAGUGAGAGAUGGAGACAUUAGACAGAAACUCCCAGACAAACCAGAGAGAUUUGAUACGGGACACUGUGUCUUGGGAAAGGAGGUAUUCUCGUCAGGGAGAUUUUAUUUUGAGGUGCAGGUGAAGGGAAAGACUGAAUGGGAUUUAGGAGUGGCCAGAGAAUCCAUUAACAGGAAGGGAGAGAUCACACUGAGACCCAGUGAUGGAUACUGGACUGUGAUUCUGAGGAAUGGAGAUGAAUAUGAAGCCUGUGCUGGUCCUUCUGUCUCUCUGUCUCUGAGAGUGAAGCCGCAGCGGGUCGGUGUGUUUGUGGAUUAUGAGGAGGGUCUGGUCUGCUUUUAUGAUGUGGAGUCCAGCUCUCAUAUCUACUCUUUCACUGCUCAGUCUUUCACUAAAAAACUCUUUCCAUUAUUUUGCCCAUCCUUAAACUAUGGAGGUAAAAACUCCAGCCCACUGAUCAUCACACCUGUCAAUGAUAAUAAAUGAAUUUGCACUACUAAUAUGAAAUACAAGAU